CAGCGCACAAGAAACACACAGAAGAUAUUUACAAAAGCUGCAGUGCGAAGGAACAAGCCGAGAUGGGGAGACCGCCUUGUUGUGAUAAAGAAGGGGUCAAGAAAGGACCUUGGACUCCCGAAGAAGAUAUCGUUUUGGUCUCUUAUAUCCAGGAACAUGGUCCUGGCAACUGGAGGGGUGUGCCCACUAAUACAGGGCUUGCACGAUGCAGUAAGAGUUGCAGACUUAGAUGGACUAAUUACCUUAAGCCAGGAAUUAAACGUGGUAACUUUACAGACCAAGAGGAGAAGAUGAUAAUCCAUCUUCAAGCCCUUUUGGGCAACAGAUGGGCAGCCAUAGCCUCGUACCUUCCCCAGAGAACCGACAAUGACAUAAAAAACUAUUGGAAUACCCAUUUGAAGAAGAAGCUCAAGAAAUUGCAACCAUCAGUUGGCCAGGGCAACUACGGAGAUGGGUCAUCAGCCUCACAAUCAAUGCCCCGAGGCCAGUGGGAAAGAAGACUUCAAACGGACAUCCACAUGGCCAAGAGAGCACUCAGCGAGGCUCUAUCUCCAGAUCAGACACCUUCUUGCUUAUCCGAAUCAAAUCCCUCUAAGCCAGCAACCCAGCGCUUAAGCUAUGCCUCAAGUGCAGAAAACAUAGCUCGUUUGUUGAAAGGAUGGAUGAAAAAUCCGCCAAAGGCUUCCAAAACAAGCUCUGCAAUCACACAAAGUUCUAACCUAGCUGCUUCAGCUUCUGGUUCAGGUCACGAUACUGCUUCUAGCGAAGGAAUCACCACAACAAGUGCAUCGAAGGGAAACAGUACUGUUCAAUUAUUCGACACUAGUUUUGACUCCUUGCUCGGGUUUGAGUCUUUGGAUUGCUCUUCGAAUUCUGAUUUUUCUCCCGAGGCUACUCUCGAAAGCAGGCAGGAUUGUACAGGGGCCGAUAUGCCGUUAUAUUUGCUUGAGAAGUGGCUUCUCGAUGACGCUGCUACAAUCACAUCAGUUGAAGAUGCAGGCGUCCAUUUUUUCUAGCUUGGUUCCAUUUCAGACUCUGCAAGUUCGUUUUUUCCCUCACUUCUAGCGAUGACUUCAGCCUGAUUCCAUCCCAUCUCAGCCUUUUGGUGCCCCUGACGUAAAUUUUGCCAGUAUUAUUAUAUCAUUCUGUUUGUGUUUUUCUUGACUCAUAUUCAAGUAAUGAGAUUAUAUGCUUUUGAACACUUAUUUCCGCCACUGUACAUUCUAAGUGGCGACUGAAGUUUCAUGAAAUGGUUUGACGUAUGUAAAACUAAAUUUGCCAA